AUGACACAAACUAGAAGAUCAGCAGCACUAUCAAAUACAGAGUUUAAGAAACUCCUCAGUUCAAGCUCAGAUAUACUCGCCAAGAAAAGAACACCAAAGAAAGUUAAAAAGGUGGAUGUCAGCAGCGAUACCGACGAUCAACAAUCAGACACUGAACAAUCAAACACCAACAACAAUGUAGAAUCAUCAAACAAGAAGUUGGACUUUUCAAGUGCUAUCUCAUCUCCAUCGGUUGAUGAAGUCACAGUAGUCAUCCCACCACCACCAAAAGAGUCUGCAUCAAAGAGAAUCGCCAAAAAGGUUGCUCCAGCAACCGCCGCUGCAAAGAAAAAGGCUGCUGCACCAGUACAAGUUGAAGAUGAAGUUGAAGAAGUACCAAAGGUAGUAGCAACCUCUAAAAAGGUAGCUGCCAAGAAAAAGGUUACAGUAGUCGAACCUGAAAAAGAUAGUAGUAGUGACGAGGAAGAAGAGAAACCAAAGAAAUCAACCGUCGUUAAAAAGGGUACACCAAAGAAAGCUGCAUCCAAGAAACCAUCCACCAACACAGCCACUACAACUACAACUGUCGAUGUUACCAUGGAAGAUGUUAUCAUUGAAACUACUAGUAGUAUCAUCACUACUCCCAAUACCAACAACAAUACUACUACUACUACUACUACCGCCGCUCCAAUCAUUCCAACUUUUAAUCAACCACAACCAGAAGUUAAACAAGAAGCUAAGGAAUUGACUGAAGCAGAAAUAAAAGCAUUGGAAGAGAAAAAAGCAAUGGAAGAAGAGAUGAAGAAAAUACGUAGAUCGAUCAAUCCAGUGAUUGGCAAACCAGUCUCUGGUAGAGUAUGGAAACAACCGUCUGAAAAAUUAUCAAAAUCAAUCAAGGUCAAGAGUCUCAAAUCAACCUGGGAACAAAAGGAAGCAGAGAGAAACAGAAUGAGAAUAAUCAAGGAUAAGGAACGUUCUAUCAAGGCUGGAUCACUCCAAACUAAAAAGGAUGAUGCCGCCGAAGCCAAGGAAAGACAAAGAAUUAAAGCUCAAAAUCUUCUUCGUGGUCAACAAGUUCAAGUUAUUACAGAUACCGCUAAAAUUAAAAAGAUGUCAAAGAAGGAUCUUAAAAAGGUUAGAAUGGUUUAA